AUGCCAACUUCGGUUAAUGCAAUUGAAAAGGCUAAUGUAUUGAGAAAGGAGUUUUUGGAAAUAGAAAUAAAUCAUGACGAAUUGUUAUCUAUUGAAUAAUUUUAUAGAUGCUUAGAUAAGAAAUUGAGAAGACAAUUUGAUAGAGAAUUAGGAGAUCAAUUAUAUUAAAGAAUGAACAAAAGUUUUAACAAUAAAGUCACGGUGGAUGAAUUUAUUAAAGUGUUUCUCCAAGCGGAGGAGAUCUUAAAGAAUAAAAUCGAAGGUUGUAAAAAGCAGAUUUUAGAUUAUAAUAAAUAAAGAAAAUAUGUAUCAAACUAAUUUGAUUCAAUAAAAGAUAGUGAAAGAGUUAAUUAAUAUGGGAUAAAAGAGGACAGUUAUUUGACAGUUGAAUUGUUAGAAGGAGUCAAUUUUCCAGCUUAAAAUGUAUCAGUAAUUUUAAAAUUGGAAAAUUAAAAAUAAGAAAUUCAACAGCAAAAUGGGCCAUCUCCAUAAUGGAACAAAACGCUUAAUUUUAAAAUUUCAACUGGCCUUGAAGAAUUAUAAUUAUUCUUCUAUACCAUAAAUCAUCCUAACAUACCACAAUUAUUAGGAACUGUGACUUUAUCAUUAUCACAUUUAACCAAUCAAACUAAAAUUGAAGAUUGCUGUCAGUUAUUUAAUAAAAAUGGAUAGCAAACUUAGACCAAAAUUAAAUUGAGAUCACAAUGGAUUUUUAAUGAAUCUAAAUCGUUAUGCCAUUAAAUUGAAGUUUGCAAUGACUAAAUCAAAACUGCCUAAGAUGACUUAAUUGAUUUUGAAAAAGAUCUUGCAACUCUAUAUGAACCCUUUCCAAAUUAUGUUUAAUUAAUUCGAAGUAUUGAGAAGGAAGAUCUAGCCAUUAACCAUUAACCUCCAAAUACAUUAGUGAUGACCCCAAUUAAUAAUGUUAGCUCUUAAUAUGAUUACAAAUUAUACACUCGAUUAAGUAUAUUAGUUGUAAUGGGACUUAGUGUAUUCAUUUGCUUUGGCAAAUCUUAGUUUUUGGAUUUGGUUAUUUGCUUUUUCUUCAUCAUUGAAUUUGAAUUCAAUAGACUUUACAAAUAGCGUUUGAUAUAUUAUUCUAUAGCUGUGGGGAUUUCAUUGUUAUGUGAUUUGGUAUGGGCAAUCAAGUACUCCAGAGGAUUUUGGGGUAGUGAAGACUCUGAAACUGAUAAAUACUAUGUCAUCGAGAAAGGUCCCAACAGAUUAGCCUUGAUUUUACUUUUUGUGUCUUUCAUAUUUAAACUAAUUUUAUGUGCUCUUUUAGGAGCAUUAAGUCAAGAUAUGCCUGAACAAUUGGAGGAACAACUACCAAACAAAAACAAAUCAACAAAAUAAUAAUCAUUCUAUUCAAAAAAUAAGACUGCUUAAUUUGGUGAGGAUAAUAGUACAUUUUACAAUUAUUGAUUUGAUUUCUUUAUUAUUAAAAAUGUAAUUUAAUUAUG